CUCCCAGACUGAAACGCCCGAGGAAGAGCCAUGUCUUCUCCCUACGCCUCCUCCUCCAUCUUCACUCUGAAGCCCAAGAGGAAGACCAAGAAGAAACACUUCGUGCAGCAGAAGGUGGAGGUUUUUCGAGCCAGUGACCCGGUGCUGAGCGUCCUGAUGUGGGGGGUCAAUCACUCGAUGAAUGACCUGAGCCAGGUGCCUGUACCUGUCAUGCUGCUUCCAGACGACUUCAAAGCCAGCACCAAGAUCAAAGUCAUCAACCACUUCUUCAACAAGGAGAAUCUUCCUGCUCAGUUCAAAUUCAAAGAGUACUGUCCACAGGUGUUCAGAAACCUGCGAGAGCGCUUUGGCAUCGAGGAUCAAGACUACCAAGUGUCUCUGGCCCACAGUCCUCCUCUCAAAGAUGAAGAGGGGAAGUGCGUUGGACUGCUGCUGACGUCACACGACCGCACUUUGGUGGUGAAAGAAAUUUCCAGUGAGGAGGUGGAGGGAAUGCACAACAUCCUCUCUGAGUAUCACCAGCAUAUAGUCACCUGCCACAGCAGCACGCUGCUCCCCCAGUUCCUCUCCAUGUACAGAGUGACAGUGGAGAACGAGGACACCUACCUGUUAGUGAUGAGGAACAUGUUCAGCCACAGGUUGCCCAUACACAGGAAGUACGACCUGAAGGGUUCCCUGCUGUCCCGUGAAGCCAGUUUUAAAGAAAAGGUCAAAGAGUUACCAACUUACAAGGAUGCAGACUUCAUGAAUAACAUGCAGAAGAUUUAUGUGAGCGAUGAGGAGAAAGAGAAGAUGAUGGAGAAGCUCAGCAUGGACCUCGAGUUCCUUGUGCAAAUGAGGAUCACGGACUACAGCUUGCUGCUGGGUAUCCACGACGUUGAGCGAGCUGAGAGGGAGGAGGAUGAGGAUGAGGAGUCAUCCCAUGAAGAGGAGGAGGGGGGUGAAAAUGACCUGGCUGCUGCUCCAUCUACCCCACCUGAGGGUAUCGCAGGCUACAUGAAGUCCUUCAAACCCAUGGGUCCUGGAGAAUUCGAUCCUUACGUGGACGUGUAUGCUGCUCAGAGUGCUGUAGCUGCUCCCCGGAGGGAGGUGUAUUUCAUGGGUCUGAUUGACGUGCUGACACAGUAUGAUACCAAGAAGAGAGCUGCUCACGCUGCCAAGGCUGUCAAAAACGGGGCUGGAGCAGAAAUCACAACAGUUCAUCCUGAGCAGUACGCUAAACGUUUCAAAGAGUUCAUCGCAAAGGUCUUCGCCUGAUUCAAAGAUU